AUGCCGGCAGCUCAUAUUGCGAGAUUUGAUGUUGCGAAGACAGGUGAUGCCCGAAUUGGGUUUGUGGGUUUUCCAUCAGUGGGGAAAUCUACUCUUCUAAGUAAUCUUGCUGGUGUAUACUCUGAAGUGGCAGCGUAUGAAUUCACCACACUAACAACUGUGCCUGGAGUCAUUAGAUACAAAGGAGCAAAGAUACAGCUACUUGAUCUCCCAGGAAUUAUUGAAGGUGCCAAGGAUGGUAAAGGCAGAGGACGGCAAGUCAUUGCAGUUGCUCGAACCUGUAAUCUUAUUCUGAUUGUUCUGGAUGUGCUGAAACCCCUUGGUCAUAAGAAAAUCAUUGAGAAUGAACUGGAGGGAUUUGGAAUUCGUCUGAAUAGUAAGCCCCCCAAUAUUGGCUUUAAAAAAAAGGAUAAAGGAGGUAUUAACCUUACAGCCACGUGUCCUCAGAGUGAGCUGGAUACUGAAACAGUGAAGAGCAUCUUAGCAGAGUAUAAAAUUCACAAUGCUGAUGUCACACUGCGCAGUGACGCCACUGCUGAUGACCUCAUUGACGUUGUUGAAGGGAACAGGGUUUACAUCCCAUGCAUUUAUGUCCUAAAUAAAAUCGACCAGAUUUCCAUUGAAGAACUAGAUAUUAUUUACAAAGUGCCCCACUGUGUACCAAUAUCUGCUCAUCAUCGCUGGAACUUCGAUGAUCUGCUGGAGAAAAUUUGGGACUACUUGAAGCUAGUACGAAUCUACACCAAACCUAAAGGGCAGCUCCCAGACUACACCUCUCCUGUGGUACUACCUUACUGCAAGACCACAGUGGAGGAUUUUUGCAUGAAGAUCCACAAAAAUCUCAUUAAAGACUUCAAAUAUGCACUGGUCUGGGGUUCAUCUGUUAAACACAAUCCUCAAAAAGUUGGCAAAGACCAUACUCUUGAAGAUGAGGAUGUUAUUCAGAUUGUAAAGAAAUAAAGUUGUUCUCACAUGG